AAUGUACCAAGUGUGCACAGGGACCUGAUAGAACAGCGUUGUAUCAUUGUGACAGACAUCAACUGUUAACUUAAAAUUACUGUUGGUUACAUGCGUAUUUCAUUAAAACAAUAUGGUUGACGCGUUCUGUGGCACUUGGAAAUUGGUUGACAGCCAGAACUUUGAUGAGUACAUGAAAGCCCUAGGUGUCGGUCUUGCAAUAAGGAAAGUUGGAAAUGUUACAAAACCAACUAUCAUCUUUAGCCAAGAAGGAGAUAAGAUUGUGAUGAAAACGCAGAGUACUUUCAAGAACACAGAAAUAUCCUUCGAACUUGGAGAGGAGUUUGAUGAAAAUACUCCAGACAGCAGGAACUGUAAAUCCACUGUGACCCAGGAUGGAGACAAACUUGUCCAUGUGCAGAAAUGGGACGGCAAAGAGACCAAGUUUAUUAGAGAGAUCAAGGAUGGCAAAAUGGUCAUGACUCUCAUUUUAGGUAAUGUUCAGGCUGUCCGAACAUAUGAGAAGGCAUGAUUUCUGCACCGAACCCAACAUCUCCAAAGUCUGUUUCAGUCCUGUUUACUGGACAAAGUCUUACUGAGACAAGUUCCUGGAGUAUUUGUUACUGUUUGCAUAGAUCUGUUGGAAAAUAAUGUUUUU